GAACGUCAUGGCUAGUCAAAUUCGAUUUCUCUCCCUGUUCUUCCUCUUCGCUUUGCUCACUACUGGUUUCGCACGAUCUCUCGAUUGCACGUAAGUUCUUCUGAUCCAUCGUUAAUAAAUCAGUUGAUUUACUCUUUCGUAAGACACUGGUCUGUGGAUUUCUAUGCGAAUUAUUUAUAGUAUUGAUUUAAGAAAUGUUUGAUAUUGACAGUCUUUGUGUCUCAUUAAAUGCUUUCUUUAAAUCUUUCUAUAAAAUCCGCAGAUAUCACUCUGCAUCGUGAAUGUAUUACCGGGGAGAAUUACCUGGAUUCUCAAAUCUUACUGACUUUUCGAUGUAGGGAACAAGACGAUUCGAAUGACAGUUUGAACGACGAAAAAGUGUCGGCGAACAUCAACAAAGUGUUCGACUCGCUGUUACCCGCGAUUAAGAACAUGAUUCUGAGACAUGGAUUGGAUCCAUUGAAACUGGGCGACAUAUCCGAAAAGCUGCCGGGAGUGAUAAACCACAGCAGAGUGAUCAAUCUGAGCAAUGGCUGGUUCCAAGGAUUGUCGAAUUUAAAACGAGGGAAAGACAUAAUCAUGUCUUACGAAAAUAAAAUCCUGACGAUAGACGCUUAUCUCCAAUUCGACCUUCUCGGUUUUGACUACGAGUACGUCUUCAAAGACUUAUUGAUCACGAGGAAGGGGGACAUCCACGGGAGUAUAAAAAACAUGCAGAUGCGAGUAGUCGUGGGAGUGGACUGGACCAAGUACAAACUUAUCUUCGAGAGAGCCGAGAUCAUCAACAUAGGCACUUUGGAUAUUAAGCUCGUGGGUAAUAUACUCGAUCCGGUUCUCAACGCUGCGAUCAAAGCGAUCACUAAAAUAUUUCACAGGAGAGUCGUAGAAAUGGUGGAGAAACAAGUCGCGGUGGUACUUGAAUCGUUGUUGGAUAAAAUCAAUGAUAAGAUUCCGCAACCGGAUUCGCAUCUGAUCCUAAAUGACAUAAUGAGCCACAGCGAUGCCUUGUUCCCGUUAUUAUUUCGGAUGAUGUAAAAAUCUUUGA